GUAAUUACGUAGAGCUUGCCCCUGCCUGUCAGCCCAGGAAACCCUGUGUGAAGCUGCCAACGCCCGGUGCAGAGAAGGGGAGCGGCUGAGAGGUCUGCACUAAACCAACAAAGCUGACAUUUAAAAAUCAAGAUAGCCGCCAUGCAGACAAUAAAGUGUGUGGUCGUUGGUGAUGGUGCUGUCGGUAAAACAUGUCUCUUAAUUUCUUAUACAACAAAUAAGUUCCCUUCGGAAUAUGUACCAACGGUUUUUGACAACUAUGCCGUAACAGUUAUGAUCGGUGGUGAGCCAUAUACCUUAGGUUUAUUUGACACUGCAGGGCAGGAAGAUUAUGAUCGGUUACGGCCCCUUAGUUAUCCACAGACAGAUGUAUUCCUUGUCUGUUUCUCAGUGGUUUCUCCAUCUUCAUUUGAAAAUGUGAAAGAAAAGUGGGUACCUGAAAUCACUCACCAUUGUCCCAAGACUCCAUUUUUGCUCGUGGGAACCCAGAUCGACUUAAGAGAUGACCCAUCAACAAUUGAGAAACUUGCAAAAAACAAACAGAAACCAAUCACUCCAGAGACAGCUGAAAAACUGGCCAAAGACUUAAAGGCAGUUAAAUAUGUUGAGUGUUCCGCCCUCACACAGAAAGGCCUAAAGAAUGUAUUUGACGAGGCAAUAUUGGCUGCCCUGGAACCUCCGGAGCCUAAGAAGAAACGCAAAUGUGUGCUGCUAUGAACAUCCUUUCACAAUCCCCCCUUCCCCUCUGCAAAGCUGGUGUCGGCGUCAAACUAAAAGCAAUGUUUAAAUCAGACUAAAGAAUAAAUCUAAACUCGUAAUUUGUUUUUUUUCAAUAAUGACAAAUGCCCUGCGUUCUUUACAACACACAAUAGUAGGGUAUCUAAGAAACAAACCCGACAACUUAUAAGUCAGUGGAAAGUUUAGCUGAUCAACUGUGUAUCUUCAGAGAAAACACUGAUCAUUACUAGUUUGUUACCCUUUUUAUUAUAUAUUUACUGUUUUUUUGUUUUUUUGUGUAUUGUUUUCUCUCUAAUGUCUUAUAUUAAGAGCAAGGCAUGCUUUGUAACAGACUAAUUUUAAACUCAAGCCCAACUGUUUUGUAAUACGCUGGUGGGAAUUGAGUUACUCCUUUGUGUGCUACAAUUCAUUUACACAGACUGGAGAAUAGAUUUUUGCAACCAUGAUAGAAUUAAUUUUUUUUUUUUAAACCGUUCUCAUCAGACACAGAAGUUAAGUUGGCAUACAAUUAAUAUGAUCCUUUCCCCCCUCACAACAGUGUCAUGUACACAUUAUUAGCCUCAAAUGUCAAAAGUACCACACUGUAACUUACUAAAGUUGUUUAAAAUGGAGCAGAAUUAGCUUUUUAAUAAACUUAUGUUUUUUUGUUUUUUUUCUUGGUAAGGUACUUUUGGCCAGCAAGAAGCGUUCUCUUCCCCACAUUAACAAAUGUAAUUGUUGUAAGACUUUGCAAAAUAACAACGUACAAUCCUGUUUAAAUGUUGAUCUCACAAGAAUUUUUUUCUUCUUGUGUGCGUGUAAGAGGGAGUGAUUUUUUUUUUUUUCGUUUUAACUUGAGGGACCAGUUUAAAGUAAUGCAGUUUCUGUGCGUUUUUGCAUUCAAAUAGCUCACAGUUUUGUGGGCAAGAUUCCAUUUGAAAACCUAAUGUAAAAAUGUAGACACCAGUGUUAAUAAGCAUUUUAUCAAAACCAUAUGGUUUAUUUCAAGAAUUAUUUUUAAUAUGUUUGGGAUCUUUCACCAUCCCAAAUAAAAUAACUAUUGUAGACUUCUUAGUAUUGAACUCAGUGCUUUUGUUCCAUGUCUCAAUUCUUUGUAUAUGCCUACUUUUCAGAUGUAUUAAACAUAAAAUACCUUCACAUAA